AUUCGGCACUACGAAAACUCAACACAAAAUUCAGCAAUAACAUUUAAUUUAAAUCAAAACUAUCAAAUCAUUAACACUAAAUUACAAAAUUCGGAAUUUUCGUAGCAAAUUUGCAUCCAACUAGUUGGAGACGACCAGCAAAGACUAUCCUACGCCGCUGCCAUUCAACAUUGACCCUAACAAACCAACUUUCCCACAUACACACUUAUAUAUAUAUCACAAAAUAUUUGCAAGUGAAACCACAAGAAAACAAAGAGCAAAUCAGUAGCAAAAUUCCUCCAUGGAUUUUCAGUUUGAGGAGUACGAAUACGAGGAUGAUGUUUUCUACAGUGAGCUAAGGAAACAAGUCCUGCAACUCACAGCAGAGGACGAUGAUGUUGAAGAACAAGUGUACAGAAACAAGAAUUCGAACAAGGUGGCAGCACAGAGAGAGGGCCUCGACGACGGCCACCGUCACAUUUCACGCGACGGGGGCUAUUACGACUGGCCUCCAAAUAAAGAGGAGGUCGCUGCACCUGCGUGGGUCAUGAAUUUGUGGAGAACCGGAAACGGGACUGGCGUUUUCAUCCCACAAAUUGUGCAGUCAAAGAAAAAGAACAGACCAAGAAGGAAGAGGAACGAAAGAGGAAGAACAUACAAACGCGUGGAGCAAAACUGAUGAUUAGAACACAGUUAAAUGAUUCUUUUAUUUAAGGAUGUGUAAAUAAAAUCAAAGUCUGCUGAUAUUGGGAAAUACAUACCCAUAUUUUCUUCAAAAUAAAUGCUAGUUUGAGAUCA